GAACGUCGUUUUAAUGUUCGCAUUUAUAUCAUCCAUUAUUCUUUUUUAUCAUUUAUUAUUAUUAUACCUUAUAAGAAUAUCCUAUUCAUGUGAAGCAAAUUGUCAGAUGAAUGUAGAAAUACAUCCAAUAAAUGACAGGUAAGUAUAGGAUAUACGGACAGAAAGUCGUCCGUAGGUGGGAUAAACAUACUUCAGAAUAACGUCUACAAGAUGUCCUUUGCGAAUUUACGGAUGUCUGUAUGUCAGUAGUGGCGAAUGACGACGUCUGUACGACAUAUUUCUGGCAUCCCGGUGUUCUAUCGAAUGGUUUCCGCCAACGUAAACGAAUACAAUAAAAAUAUAAGCAGAAGCGAUUGAACAAACGACGAUUCUAAGAAUGAAUAGCGCAUGCGUUUGACCGCGUCCUCUCAAAAGUAUUCCUGUAUCGAAAGCGAGGUUAAAAGGAUACGCCACGGCGUAAGGCAACGAUCACGAUGAUGCUAUUUGCAUCGAUAAAGUAAUGUCUGGCGUAUGCUGUUUGCACAGUGCAGGACAGCGUUCGCCGUUUUUCUUGAAAAUCACGGAAUAGUUUCAUAAUCAAAAUACUGGAAUUGGCAUGGAGUUGUAGAACUGUGUGAUGGUGGGGAUGAGAACGCACCAAUCAGAAUCUGCGACCGAUAACGGUAUUUGCCGCGUCUGUCCGUAAGCAUCAACAUGAUGCGUCCCGCUGCCCAGUCGGCGUUCAAGUGAGAGCGAGUUACGUUGAGUCAAUUUGAGUAGUGUGUGCUAAAACUUUAACAAAAUAUUCCAUAAAAGAUGGCCGUUGUUGGCGAUGCUGUGUACAAUUUGAUGAAUGGCGUGCCAUUGUAUGUUUCCUCGAAUGCAUAUUAUGGUUAUGUUCCGCCGAGUUCUCGUGCUAGUGCCCCUCAGGAUUUCAAUUAUCAGCAUGAAGCCGGGCAACGGAACGACUUCAGCCACAAGGGAGCAACACGUAACCACUGUGGCUACGGUUUAGCCAUGGAAACGGAUGCCGAUAGCUAUGAAAAUAGCGAAGGCGCCCGUUGCAUCAAUAACCCUUGCGUGAUUCCAGAGGUUCCGCGGCGACUAACUGUUGGUCACCGGGAGGAUGGCCAUGAGCAUCUCCGGGAACGCCGCACGAUCCACGACGCCGCAUCGCGAUGCCGGAACCGGAAGCGCAAUAGUGACGAUCUCGCGCUUUUCGCGCCUAUGAAGAAGUUCCGCGAAGAUCCAUUAGCUCUGGCUACUUUGGAGGUUUUUGGAAUCGAAACAUCCAGAGAUACUCUUCAGAUACAAAUUCGUGCGCGAAACACAGGACUGUUGUAAGGUGUCAUCGUGUUAGAGAUAUUAUUGCGAGAAAUUCGGUGGGAUUCUUUCAAGUAUCAACGCGGUGGAGUCUGCCUCGUCUUGAGUAAUGUGAUCAGUGACCUAGGAAAAUGAGUCGAUAAAGGAACGGAUUUCUUUUCAGAGGCGGUGGUAACAGCCGCGAUUACUACCAUGGUGCAAGAGUUCCAGAUCCAGAGGAAUAUAGACCAGUCAAAGUGCAUUAUGAGCCGGCACCAUUACGCUUAAUUAAUGCCGAGGGUAAGUCCUUGGUACAACCCUCGGCAACCCUUACAGGCUGCGUCUGGGCAGCAGGUAAUUAUAAUUCGUUAAGCAACACCGUUUCUAAUGGUUUAUUGCCAUUGGGCUGUUCUGAGGCUUAUGAGGAUGAUGCCGAAUUUGAGAAAAUGUUGCUGGAGACCCAUGGAUGUUCAGUGCAUCAACUCAGACGUCAACAACAACUGCUGAAUGACUCUGCUGAGGCAGAAUUUUGAACGACUUAUGAAUUGGAGUGAAUUGAUAUGAGCUUACCAUGGACUAUGUUAUGUAAAUCCAUCCUAGAUUCACAUGCAAAAGAGGUGUAUGCGAGUCAUUACACAUUUGUAAUUUAGUUAAUGUGAAACCUAAUGCUUAAGUAUGAUGUUGCUACAUGUGUGUAUGGAACAAAAUAAAUAUUUACUUUUCUAUAAAAGUUA